AUGUUACGAGUAUGCUACGAGUACGCUACGAGUGCGUUACGAGUGCGCUACGAGUACGCUACGAGUGCGUUACGAGUGCGCUACGACGUCACCAACAUAUUCCUGGUGAACCUAUCGGUGGCCGACCUGCUGGUGACGCUGUUCUGCAUGCCGGUGCAGAUCGCCAAGUCCGUCACCCUCAUCUGGUACUUCGGGGAGGUUAUGUGCAAGACUGUCAACUUCCUUCAGGGAGUGGCCGUAGCCUCCUCCGUGUUCACCAUCACAGCGAUGUCGGUGGACCGGUACCUGGCCAUCACGCAGUCCCUCCGGCAGCCUUGGAUGCCGUCCCGGCGAGGGGCGUGUAGCCUGCUCAUCCUACUGUGGCUGUUCUCGCUGGCCAUCUUCGCACCACUGCUGGCAGUGACAGCAGUCGAGAGAGAGGUGGUGCCUUGGCUCUCGAGGACGAGGAAUGGAUCGGUGUGGGUGGAGCGUAGCAUCGAGUUCUGCACGGAGAAGUGGCCAAACUCCAUGAGGAAGGAGCUUUUCGGCACCUUCAGCUUCAUCCUGGUCUAUGCCGUGCCAGGAUCUAUAGUUGUGGUGUCGUAUUCACUGAUGGGGCGCCGACUGUGCUCAGUGCUGCCGCCCUUCGACCAGACGGAGGGAAGCGCUAACAGCCAACAGAGGAUACGCCUGGUCCGAGAAAGGAAGAGGGUGGCGUGGAUCCUGCUACUCUUAGCAGUGCUAUUUGCUCUCUGCUGGCUGCCGUACAAUAUCCUGCAGCUGUUGGUCGACGUGAACGCGGUACCGGUGGAUUCAGUGUCGAGCGCGCUGCCGUAUACGCUUCUUCUGGGGCACGCGAACUCAGCCAUCAACCCGAUCGUGUACUGCCUGAUGACGCGCAACUUCCGACGCUCGCUGCGCAAGCUCAUCUGCCACGACACCGAUGCGCGGAUUGCAUCAAAAGUCAACCACGUGUAGCUCGCGGACUUGCAGUACUCGGACUUGUAGUACGCGUACUUGUACUACACUGCAGUGCCGAGGCAGUCACCGGCGAUACAGCAGCAUCCAGUACGGAAGGAGUGGCGGAUGGAAUCGGUACCAGAAGUCGCCGCAGUUUUUGUAAACGACACCAGAUUACGAAAUUCCACCCUGUUUAGAGCAUCUUUAAAUUAAUGCUAUUUCUCAUUGUCACUGGGCACAAUAACAUUUAUUUCGAAAUCGCUUCGCGGUGCGAACGGUCACGUACUUUGCAACUUUGUCUUGGCACUCUGAUAAUUUUGUAGUAAACGAUAAAUAACUAAAUACCUAUAUCGGUUUAUUUUAUUUUAAUGUAAACAACGAAAUUAUUACGAAUGUGUUUUAAAGGAAUCGAAUAAAAAUAUUAUUAUGUUUAGUAAUGUUUUUUAUUAAAUACAAAAUUGUGGUUUAGUCGUAGAAAGUAAGCAAAAAAAGGGCAGGUAAUAAUUGUAAAAAAAAACAUAAAUAAAAGCCUAAUGCUAAUGCAACGAGCAACGAUAAAAAUUUUAGCUUUUAGAUUUUUAAUUCUUAUUCUAGACCUGGCAUUUAAAUUCAUUAUAAUUAUGUACAAUAAUAAUACUAAAGUUUGAACGAAUUGUAAAAAGGCUAAGUUAAAUGUAUGUAAGGUAUUUUUAUACGUGUGUGAUAUGCAGUAAAAAGGCAAUUUGUAACUACAUAGCAAUUGAAAGGUAAAACUAUUUGAAAGUAAAUGGGUCUUCAAUUAGAAAAGUCAAAUCCAUUUGAUUCAAUCCACAAUAAAUGCAGUCUUAGUUCUUAUUUCUAUGCAAAAUAUAUGUGUGAAGGAAUAGCGUUUUAGCAAUUAAUAAUAAGUAAAUAUUAGGUUCUGUCCACUACCCAGUAGUCUGUGAGCAUUCAUAUAAAUAAAAUAAAAAUUCAUAAUGCAGCAUGUUGCUGAGGAUUCAGUGCUAAUUUACUAUUAUUACUUACAAUAUUAUUGUAAAUAUCGUUGUAUUAAUACUUAUUGUAGUUAGAUGUAUAUUAUUAUUAAAUAAAAUGAUUCGAUCAUCAUCAAAAUGAUUCAUCGAUGUUUUUAACGUCACUGCGGUCUCCAGUUUACAUAAACAACCAAAAACCAAAAUAAACUAUCACUGAGGUUCAAUUUGGUUUUGUGGCGAGUUAAUUCGAUGCCGAGUAUACAUUUAAGUUUAUUUUUAAUCACAAUUAACAUACAUUGAAGCUGAGAUUGUAAAGCAUUUUAAUUAGACUACGCAUUUAAUAUCUAGUCAUUGUUAAGUACAAAAUAAAUGAUUUUGACGUUUGUUGUUUAUUUUUAUAAAGAUUGUAAAUAGUUAUUUAGAAUAAUUAUGAAUGGAUCAAAGAAAUUAUAGCUGUCGACAGUUAGCUAGACAGUUUGAAGAGGAAAUGUAUAAAACAUAAUAUUUUAAGAGCUAUGCUUAUGGCAGUAGGACUUUAAAUUAUAUUGAUGAUUUCGACCACAUUUUUUAUAAGAAAUUGA